AUGGACAUGGAUAUCGACCCAAGCCCCGCGCAGCAGCGCACCUCCCGCAAGCAUUUGCGCUCGAGUUCCGACGACUACGACUGGAGCUCCGACAUCUCCGGCCAAUUCGACGAUGCCGAGGAGGGAGAAGGAGAGGACUACCGAUCACCGGCAGGAAAUGUCGCCAAAAGACGUCGCUCGAAUGACUGGCCCUUGCCCGAAGAAGCCGCCGACUAUGGAACCCAUGAGCGCCGUGCCAACCGCAGCGAGAACGGCAAUCUCAGCGUGGGCGGAAACGGGUCAGCUUUUAGGGCGUCACCUCGCGCUUCUCCUCGUGGCUCGUUGGCUUCGCUGCGCGCUCGCCAUGCCGCCACAUCUGCUUCCAGCCCCCGCCGUCCUAGAGGCAGGACAUCGCGGUUCGUCGAAGCGACCAUGAAUGAUAGUGUCAGCGAGCGACCGCCGAGCAUUUACCUACGGGAGCAGGAGAAUAAACAGACUGGAAAUCCGAAUCGCUCGUCUGGCAUUUUCCGGUUCGGGAAGGCUAUUGCUUCAGCGUUCAAUCCCUUCGGUGGAUGGGGAAGGAGCUCUGAGGGUUCGCCAAACAAGUCGCCGCAGAAAGAUGUAAUCACUCAGGCGGAGAAGGCUUAUGCGGAAUUAAAGAAGGCUGGCUACAAGGGCACGAACAAGGGCUCUUACACUAAGGGCCAGUGUGUUAAUACUGCUCUCGCCGACCAGACAUGGCAGUCUAUCCAGCACAAGCUGCCGCCCAGUUCUCCCGUGAAAUAUUCGUAUCGCAAUUCGGUUGAGAGGGAUGAAAAUGCUUUUCCCGCACGAUCUGACUCUUCAGCUUCCAAACGCUCUUCCCUGCAGGAUCUCCGCCUGCCCAAGUCAUUGUUCCAUAGAGGUCAUGAAUCGCCAACUGCGACAGCAGUCUACUGCGAUAGGUUUUCCGAGGAAUCCGAGCAUAAUGGGAUCCGCAAGCAGCCGUCUCGCAGGGAGCUCUCACGCCAAGUCAAGUUGAUCAAGAAAGUCAGCAAUCUUGAGGACAAGUUGGAGCGCGCCCGACGGGAGCUUCGUGACCUCACCGGCAACGAGGAGCGGACCCCAGUACCUGCACCUCAGUCUCAGAUGCUCAAUACCGAGAUGGACCCUGCAUCUUUCCCCCGGAAAUUCGUUCCUGGCGCUCUGCCAACCCUACCAUCGGAACGACUUCUAGAUCAACAAGCCGCAGAAAAUACGGCUCCUGGGUCCCACUCGACCAACGUAACAGCACUGCCAUCGAUGGAAGACCGAGAAAGCUUCUCUUUCGAAGAAUCACGACCGGUUCAAAGCCCGGCUGCGGCCAAAAGUCUAAAACGGCGCUCGUCGUCCAUGAGUAAGGACCGCCAUUCCCGCAAACGGAAGUCUCCCAUCUCUGAACGUGUCGAUAGUCGGAACCCUCUUCAGCCCGCUACGGCGGCCAGCAUCGCCAAUGACAAACAAGUAUCAGAGCACGAGGACCUGAACGACUUCGGUCCACUCAACCCACCGGGCAAAGCGAAAUGGCUGAAAUCCGAAGCUGGCGACAGCCCCGGCUCAGCGAGGCGUCGACAAGCUGCCGACAACGCAGCUCUCUCCGCAGGCCACGAAAAAGAAGAAGACGCAGGUAGUCCCAGUGCCAAACGCAACACCAAAAGGUUCCCCAACAUUCAAACCCGAAAAGCCUCCGGCACCACCCGCUCACCCAAUUUCAAUAAUUCCAAGCCCACCACCCCUCUCCGCAUAAAACCCAGCAGUUCCAAUCUACGCCCAAUGUCCUCACCUGCUACAGCUACGGACGUUAAUACCCAGUCCGAUAUCUGGGCUACGCCUCUCCCCGCCCCGCAAAGUGACUCUCGCCGCAAUACCUUCUACCACCAUCCCCAGCGCCAGAUUAAUCCUGAUCGUAGCCCCCGCACACCUACACGAUCUAAGACGAGUCCGACUCGGAGACGGUCUGCUUACCGUCUUGACGAGGAUAUUCCGCCCGUGCCGCCGCUUCCUGAGGAACAUCGCUCGAGUGCUGCUAAGAUCAAUGUCAGUGUCAACAGGUCACCGAAGAAGAGGCCUGUAUCUGCGCCGGCUUUUUCUCCGUCCGUUCUUUCUCCGUCUACGCCUUCUGUUGUGGACUCGCUUAUCUCGGGGCUUGAGGAUUAUCAGUGGCCGGAGGACAUUUUCUGA